AUGGCCAUCCCUUUACGCAAAUUGACUGGUAUUGUUUUUCUUCUCUUCUUCUGCCCUUCUCUUCUUCUGUCCAACAGGUGUCCUUCCCACGAAUCCCAAGCUCUGCUCCUCUUCAAAGCGGCCCUGAAUGACUCCUCAAAUCCCUAUCUGAGUUCGUGGGUGAAUGGAACAGACUGCUGCACCUCCUGGAUUGGCAUUUCCUGCGACGACAACAACAAACACGUUGUCUCCGUCUUUCUUCAUGCGAUAGGAGUAGUAACACCAGGUACUACCAUUCCUACCUGUUUGGCAAAUCUCUCUAAUCUUCACUCUUUAUAUUUAUCUGGUUAUAGCUUUACUGGGACGAUUCCCACUUUCCUUUGUCUGCUCACCCGCCUUACAUUUCUUCAUCUUUCAGACAAUUACUUCAAUGGAAGCAUACCUUCCUGCCUUGGCAAUCUUGCUUCUUUAACUGACCUUUUGCUAUUUAACAACCAACUUAGUGGAAGCAUACCGGCUUCUCUUGGAAGUCUCUCUUUGUUGAGGGAGUUAGAUCUUGAUAACAACCAACUGAACGGCAUCGUUCCAGAUUCAUUGGGCAAUCUCUCUUUACUCGAGCGGUUGGAUAUUAGCAAUAACCAACUGAGCGGGACCAUUCCCCCUUCAUUUGCUCACCUUUCCUCACUCAUUGAAUUGUAUGCUGAUGGCAAUCGUUUCAAUGAAACCGUCUCUUCUUUGUCACUUCCACCACCUUUAAAUACUCUAAGCCUGUCAUUAAACUAUAACCAGUCGAUUUCAGAAACUUCAUUUCACAACCUUACAAGCCUAAUAUACUGCUGCUCAAUGACAAUUUGUUAUGACAAUUUGUUCAGUGGCAAUAUUCAUCCAAACCUGGGCAAGUUAUCUAAUCUCAACAUGUUAAAUCUUGCAAACAACAAGAUAACAGGAGUGAUCCCUGUCAGUUUGUCCAAUUGUUCUUCACUUAUUGUCCUGAAUUUGGGAAAUAAUAGUUUGGAGGGAAGCUUACCACAUGACUUUAGUAAGUUAAGUAGAUUAUAUUCAUUACUUGUUCGCAAUAAUAAUUUGCAUGGACCAUUCCCUCCUUCAAUAGCAAAUUGUUCAGAGCUACAGGUUCUUGAUAUUGGAAAUAAUUUGUUUGAAGGUGAAAUACCAUCAUUAAUUGAAAUAUCUUAG